AAAUUUUUUUUACAUUCAAAAUAAUAAAUUGUUCUUUAUCUAAGUCUACUAAUAAUUUAUUUUAAUCUUAUCUUUUAACACAAAUUUCUAGAAAUUCUUAAAAACUAACAAAUUUUGGUGGUAUAAUAGCAUUUGGAAAUUUUUCCUCAAUUUUAUCGCCCAAAACUUUAAUGUUAAGCUUUUCGCAAUCCUUAAUAAUAAGUUUCCCAAUAACAUCUCCUUUUAACUUUCCAUCAAAAAAUAUAUUAUUAAAAAAAAAAUUCGUAUAACUUUCAAAAUUAACUUCAUUAAUUUUUGUGAUAUCCUAAAAAGCUUAAAUAUAAAGUGGUUAAUUCUCAUAUUUCUUCUUUAAAUACACACAGACAUUAUUAAAAAUACUUUCAAUAUCAUUUUUUUUAUAUCCGAAUUAAUAAGAAGGCCUCCUCUUCAAUUAAGGUAAAUUUUUAAUUCUUUCAUCGAUUUUAUUUUUCAAAAUACCCUUAAGUGUUUCAGAAUUAUUAUUAAUAUCCUUAUAAAAUUUGCAAUUUUUCGAAUAUUCAAAAGGUAAAUGAUUAACAAUUUUUAAGACAAUUUUUUCAUUUUCUAUUGUUUAUUUUGAAAUUAUAUUAUUCAUCUUCUCCAUAUAAAUCUUCAAAAUAAAUUUCUCAAGUUCACUUUCGAUUAUCAUUUAGAUUUCUUCCGCUGUUAAAUAUUCAUAUAAGUUCAUGCUAUUUUUCCUAGACUAACUUUUAUUCCAAUCUUUUCCUUAUUAAACGAAUUUUUAUUUCCCUAUUUUUAUUUUAUAUGCUAUAUAAGUGUUUCCUCCAGGAAUUCUCCCACAUGAAUAAAUCAAAAUAUAAACGAAAAAAUCAAAAAGUCUUCUC